GGCGGGGGGAGGGGCGACCGAGCCGAUGGAGCCUGGGAUGGAGGCGGAGACGCUGGAGUCCAGGAUCAACAAGGCGACAAAUCCUCUGAACAAGGACCUAGAAUGGGACAGCAUCGAUGCUUUCUGUGAUCAGCUCAAUAAGGAGCUAGAAGGCCCACCCCUUGCUACCCGGCUUCUAGCCCACAAGAUCCAGUCUCCACAAGAAUGGGAAGCCAUUCAGGCGCUCACGGUGCUGGAGGCCUGUAUGAAAAACUGUGGCAAGCGCUUCCACAACGAGGUGGGCAAGUUCCGCUUCCUUAAUGAACUCAUCAAGGUGGUGUCACCUAAGUAUCUAGGAAGUAGGACUUCGGAGAAAGUGAAAUCUAAGAUCCUGGAGCUGAUGUAUAGCUGGAUGUUGGGGCUGCCGCAUGAAGUAAAGAUUACAGAGGCCUAUAAGAUGCUGAAGAAGCAAGGGAUUGUGAAGUGUGAUCCCAAAUUGCCGGACGAUGCACCCUUUCAAUUUCCUCCCCCUAGGCCAAAGAAUGUUAUAUUUGACGAUGAAGAGAAGUCCAAGAUGCUGGCUCGCCUGCUCAAAAGCUCUCACCCCGAGGAUCUCCGAGCUGCCAACAAGCUAAUCAAAGAGAUGGUUCAAGAGGACCAAAAGCGAAUGGAGAAGAUCUCCAAGAGGGUCAAUGCCAUUGAGGAGGUGAACAACAAUGUGAAGCUGUUGACAGAGAUGGUGACGAACUACAGCAAGGGGGAGACAACAGAGAGCAGCGAGGACCUCAUGAAGGAGUUGUACCAGCGUUGUGAGCGCAUGAGACCCAUGCUUUUCCGGCUUGCCAGUGACACAGAGGACAACGAUGAGGCUCUAGCAGAAAUUUUGCAAGCCAACGACAACCUCACGCAAGUGAUCAACCUCUACAAGCAGAUUGUGAAAGGAGAGGAGAUAAAUGGCGAGACUGUGGGUGGUUCCCUCCGAGGCAGCACUUCAGCACUUCUGGACCUCUCAGGAUUGGACAUGCCAUCUGCUACCCCCUCAUACUCAGCCAUACCGACCUUCUCAGGUGGCUCCGUAGCUCCUGUGCCAGAGCAGUCCAGCUCUGCAUCCUUGUUGGACGAUGAACUCAUGUCCUUAGGGCUUAACGACCCAGCACCACCCUCAGCCCAGGGUGCGGAUAACGGUGGUUGGAACAGUUUCCAGUCAUCUGACAGCCCUGAACUUGGCACUCGUUCUCUCGCAGUGGGGAAAGCUGAUGCCGGACCACCCGCCCCAACGCCUCCCACUGCCACCAGUGGCCUGGAGGACCUGGACCUGCUGGGCAAGGCUCUGUUGCAACAGUCCCUCCCACCAGAGUCUCAGCAAGUCAGAUGGGAGAAGCAGCCGCCACCUCGGUUAACACUGCGUGACCUCCAAAACAAGAGCGCCUCCUGCCCAUCAGUGACCACCAACAGCACCCCACCCCUCUUCCAGAGUCUCUCCUCAAACCUUCCUGCACCCCUGCCCCUGCCUUCAGAGCAACCAGCACCUGUGGUGGUCCCUCGAGCGCCCCCUCCGCCUUCUGCAGCUGCACUUCCCACAGCAGGCCUUCCUGCUUCGAAAGCCCUCCAAGAAAUCUCACUGACAAAUGUCACUGUGCCUCUGGAAUCUAUCAAGCCAAGCAAUAUCCUCCCGGUGACUGUAUAUGAUCAACACGGUUUCCGUGUCCUCUUCCACUUCGCCAAGGACUCUCUGCCCGACCGGCCUGAUGUGCUGGUGGUGGUCAUCUCCAUGAUCAGUACAGCCCCUUUGCCCAUUAAGAACAUCAUCUUUCAGUCUGCUGUCCCAAAGGUGAUGAAGGUGAAACUGCAGCCUCCCUCUGGAACGGAGCUCCCAGCUUUCAACCCCAUUGUGCCCCCCACUGCAAUCACCCAGGUCCUCCUGCUUGCGAACCCACAGAAGGAGAAAGUGAGACUACGAUACAAGCUGACCUUCACCAUGGCAGACCAAACCUAUAACGAAAUGGGAGACGUGGACCAGUUCCCCCCUCCAGAGUCAUGGGGAAGUCUCUAGGGCUGCAGCUGGUGGGCUGCGUCUGACUUCUAAGGAUUCUGCCUCCCCCCAGGACAAGAGCCCUCCCAAGGCUGGCUAGCACUCAGACUCUGUUCUCAGACUAGGA